AUGAAUUACCUGUUAAAGCAUAUUACAGAUGAUGGGAUUUUUGGAACUUUAAUUGCGUGGGUGUAUGUUAUUGAAUUUCAAAAAAGAGGUCUUCCACAUUCACAUAUAUUAGUUGUUCUUGCUAAUGACUAUAAACUUAAAGAUCCAGAGAGCGUCAAUGCCGAAUUCAGUCAAAACCAAGAAACGCAAGAGUUGGUAAAAACGGUUAUGGUACAUGGACCAUGUGGAACAGAUAACCCAAAAGCCCCUUGCAUGUCAAAAGGGUUUCUAAGCAUUUUCCAAAGGAAUUUUGCAAUGAAACAAUAUUGA